AUACUUUAUUACUUUAAUAAUGUUAAGCCCAGUCACGAAUAACAGAAUUUAUGAUAACUUAUAUUAUAUCUACUAUGAUCAGGACACUAAAUUCUCCUCUCUAUUACCCUGUCUAUCAUAUUUUUUUUUUUUUUGAAAACUACUAACGUUCUGGAGCAGGUUAUUUCAACUAACUUUUAUUAUUAUUACUUAUAUUUUAGGGCCAUGCUAAUGCUAACUAUUUUUUUUUUCAUGUCAAAUAUUUGCGUUUUUGAUUUCGAUAUUUUAUGCUCUAAUAAUUUUUGAGUGGAGCAAAGAAAUAAAAAAAAACAUUGAUUUGCAUUUGUAAAAAGAAAUGCCCUCACAAACUACAUUUAUUGAGUCAAGUGAUAAGACACUAAUAGAAAUACAGCUAAGUUCAUCUUUAACGAGACAAACACAACCUGAAGCACCUGGUAUCAUUAUUGCACAUCCUUAUGGCCCAUUAGGUGGUAGUAUGAAUAAUAAUGUUGUAAUCGAAUUGCAAAAGUAUUUUCAUUCAAAAGGAUAUGUCACAGCAUGUAUGAAUUUUCGAGGCUGUGGCAAUUCUAAAGGAAGAACAAGUUGGACAGGCAUGCCAGAAAGAGAGGACUAUAUAUCAGUUAUGAAUUACUUGUUACGAUUGGACGAUAAUAAUUAUCCUUUAGUUAAUCAGUUGAUUCUAUGUGGUUAUUCAUUUGGAGGAAUGAUUGCAAAUACAAUAGAUUGCAGUGUUGCUGUAAGGAGCCUACCAUUAAAUUUACAUUCUUUAAAAGGAAACCAAGAGCAGAUGAUAAUGUCUUAUGUAUCUAUGGCGAUCAAGAUCAGUUCACAAGAUUAAAUACCUUUAUAGAUUGGUGUGAUAAUAAAGGAGUUUGCAUUGAAGGAGCUGAUCAUUUCUGGAAUGGUUACGAAUCAAUAUUAAUUGAGAAAGUAGAUCUAUGGAGAAGACUGAGUUUAUAAUAAAAUAAUUCACACGAUAAAAUAAAACGCAUACAUAACACGAUCAGAAACUUUUUCUGCUGCACAUAGAUUGCAUUCUCCUCAAUUAUCAUCUGAAGAAAAUCAGUUGUUAUA